AGAGAAAAACCGAACAAGCUCUAGAAUACCAUAUUACGACCACCAUCGCUGGGGGGCGCUGUGAUGUUUUUUGGACGCUUCACGCGGCCUCGCUCUGGUUGGUCAAAGACGGAGCGCGUCGUCCAAUGACUGGAAUGUCGCCCGUUUUCAAAUCGACACGGAUGCAAACACUCGCCCUGCUGAUAGAUCUGUGACACAUCUGCUAUUGAAAUGGAGAGCUUUUUAAGGCGGAGGCUCGCCCAGGCCAGUGGCAACAUUUUGGGUGGAUCAGCUCUUCAGAAACCUGUUUCCUCUUGCCCCCCUAUCAAAUUGCCGGAUCUGUGUUCUAGUUUCUAUUCAAUUGCAGAUGAACCUUUUCCCCAGGUUUCUGGAUUCCUUGAUGACACUGUUGGUCCAUCCUUUCUUUCAAACGAAGCAGGAACUGCGUUGAAUUCCCCUGCAUGCACACCAUCAGAAAGUAUAACAAAACAUAAGGAUGAAGGAGUUUUGGCAACACUACAAGUGACGACCGAGGACUCUGAUAAUAAUUCCUCAAAGCUUGGAGCACACUGUCAGGCAGCGGAUGGAAGCAUGUCUACUAAACCAAUACAGAAUGAUAAAGACAUUAGCAGUGCAACAAAAUUCAAAGCAGAUGAGGAGGACUAUAAAGAUUUUACCCCUUGUGCCACAGAAUCCAGUAAAUCUUUAGAGAAAUGUGAUUUAAUGAGUGUAGAGUUGAAGAACAGCACUUUUAAUGUCACUCAAGACUUGAAAGAACAAUCUGACUCUGCUAUUAAUGCAACUGUUGAUCUACCAAAUAUUAGGGAGAGGAACAGUACCUUUGAGUCUGUCCCAUCUCAAGAGCCCAGAGAGGGUUCCGAGUCUGGCCCUAAACUUAAUUCAACAGUGGAUAUCGAUGUCCCCAUGAUAAAGACUCAGUCAGGAAAUACCACUGUUGACCUGGCCCAAACAAGUAACCCUAAAGUGGGGUCUGACCCCGGGGGUGAUGCAACUGUGGAUAUUCUUAAUCUGGACUGUACACAUGAUAAAGUGAAUUCCCAUGUUGAUAACAUUAGCUCCCCAAACACUACUACAGAACAGCCAAAUGAGAAACUUGAAGGAACAAUUAAUAUUCAGCAACAUGAGCUGGACAAGGAGAAACCAGAGGGAAGCCUUAACGCUACUGAGGAAGAUAAAACAAACUGUCCCAUUACAAAGAAUGCAGAGGAACCUAAUUUGAAAGUGAAUGUAACGCUUGAUAUUUUGGAGCAAACUGCCAGUGCUCCUCUUCACGCCUCUGGUGAGAUUGUUCAUUCAAGCUCUGCUGCUUUAAAGCCAGAUGAGAAUACUUUUACUAAAACUAAUACAACCACUGACCUUACUCCCCCUGAAAAUCCAGUUUCGAAAAAUAUCACUGUAGAAAUAACACCCUCAAGCACAGAAUUAACAGGCCAGGCUAAUGAUGGUUCUAACUCAGUUGUGGGUAAUGCUAAAUCAGACUCUAACAAUAGAGAGACAGAAGUUGAGACAAGCAUCGCUGCUUUUGUUUGCUCUGUUGAAGCUCCCGAUGACUCUCCCGAGCUUAAAGCAGAUGAACCCCUCAAAAACUCAGAGAGACCUGGAUGUGCAGACAGAGAGUGUGUUCUCAACUCUGAUAUGGGAAACAUCAGCAGAAACAGUAUUUUUUCUCUGGAUGAUACCGUGGAUAUGAGAACUAGCUUCAUGGUCACAUCCACACCAAUUGUCUUUGGCAAAGAAUCCAGGUUUGAAAUACUGAGAGACGUAAAGCCCACACCGAUGAGGAAGAGGCUGUCUGUGAUCAACAGCAUUGAGGUACAAUCAAAUGAUAGCCUUGUUGGUGUGAGCAUUCAUGAUGGGACUCAUGCUGUGCUGGUAUCUGAGAACUCAAGCCAGAGUCAAAAGGUCUUGUCAAACUACACUUCAAGUAACAGUAAAACAGAGCCAGCAAAUGAGAACAAACCUCCCAUAAAACCUACAGCCAAAAGACAGCUUCCUCAACGUUCCUCUAAGCUCAGUUAUCCAAAAUCUUGUCUUCCACCAUGGCCACAGUCAUCCCUGCUCUCAUCAGUAGCAGUAAGACCAAAGACUAUCCAAGCACCACAGGUCCUGCAUCAGUCCAACGUAUCAUCUGGUACUCUGCUUGGCAACAAGAAAAUGUUACAACAUAACAAGGGAAAGAACAUUGGAGCUGCCAAGAACACAGUAUCGACUAGCACUGUUAAGACAUCUGUGGUUUCUUCUGUGUCUGGAUAUAAUUUCACUGCAGUUUCAAGACAUUCAAGCUCUGGUUUACCACAAAUGAAACCAUCAGGGCUACAGCCCCCAACUCGGAAAAGAUUGGCCCUCAAGUCUGCCCAGAUCACACAAUCUUCUAUAGAAACCAUUCAGGCUCAGUCCAGUAAUAAACCAACAGGAAUACAAGGUGUGAGGACGAGGAAUUCACUCCUUCCCAGUCUGGGCCAAAAGCACAUGAACAAUGAUGGUUUGCCUUUGGCAAAGAGAAAAAAAAAUGCACCCAGUGCUCGGCCUGCAGUAGAAAAUGAUUCUGAGCAACCAGCUGAAGGAGCACAUAAAUCAGACUGUGUUAAUUGCUUGCAACAUCAAGAAAAACUUGAGAGGUGCCUUCAAGAACUAGUGAGAUUACGCUCAGAGUGUAAGAACUGGGGACCACUGCAGGAAAAACUUGAGAUGUGUUCAGAGGAAAUUAAGAAAAUUUAAGCAG